GGUUUUGAUAAAUCUCCCCCAUUAUGUGUGGGAAAAUAUUCAGUACCCACUUGGUGCGUAGGAGUCCAGUGGGCGGUCCUAUUCAGUGACUGACAGUUAUUUACCCAGUAGGACCGCCUACUUGACUCCUAUGCACAAAGUGAGUUUAAAUUUAGAGCAAUAAAUGAGGGGUUAUACGAAAUAUUUUCUCACAUAUAUGUAUAUCAUUCUGCUCGGCUCCUCCUGGUCAACAUGCCUUCCUAUGAAUUAUUCAGCCUUUUCAGCACAACAGUUUACCUUUAAAUGGCCGUACACUGUGGGGAUGGCUGUGGUGAAGAGUGGGUGGCUCUGGAGGCAAAGCUCUGCUUUGCGUCGAUGGAAGAAGCACUGGUUUGACCUAUGGAUGGAUGGCGGUCUAGUCUAUUAUCCUGAUGAGAGUCGCCGAAACAUCGAGGAACGCAUACUACUGAAAUUUAACUGUGUGAAUGUCAGGUCCGGGCAAGAGUGCGGAGCUGAUAUUCAGCCUCCGGAGGGCAGUGAGCAGGAGUCAUUGCUGACAGUAGAUCUGAGGGAUCACUCCCGGCUGUUGCUGUGCGCAGAGAGUGAGGACGAUGCGGUAGCUUGGAAGCUUGCAUUACUGGACGCAAGAUCUCAUCCGGUGUACGUAUAUAAUCCAUAUGAUGACAACUACCAUACUGUUCCAGUAAAUUCCCAUCAGGCCAUGUAUGUCAAUCAUGGCUACUGCGGACACGGCUACGGUCCCGGGGUGGCGCACGUUCUCAUCAGGGAUGACCGUGACUCAUUUGGGGAACAGAUGGCGCUGGGCUUGCUGGCCGGGGCCCUCACCACCUCCGCUCUCAGCUCCCUCAUCUGGCUGCCAUGUUGGUUUUAAGGAAGAGGGAAACAGGGCUGGCGAAAGGGACGGUCAUGGCAGCCGGUGGCGCCCUCUAUCUGGCAUAUAAUUAUGAUUCCCGCUAGCUGUGAAUAAAGCUUAGAUCUUACACGUCCCAUCUGCAUCAUUCAGUAGUCCUCACCACAAGGUGGCAAGACCCAGCGUGCCAUGGCUUGCUGGUGCCACCCCCUGAUGAUGCCCAGACAAAACCCGCCGUAGUAAGGUUACGGCCACAUUGCAUCACACAACAUAAUAGCACCAUAAGUCACUUUAAACCACUGUUUUCCAAACAGUGUGCCUCCAGCUGUUAGAAAACUACAAUUCCCAGCAUGCCCGGACAGCCGUUGGCUGUCCGGGCAUGCUGGGAGUUGUAGUUUUGCAACAUCUGGAGGUCCACAGUUUGGAGACCACUGGCCUAGGGCAAAACUUCCUGCACAAUCUGGAUUAAUUAACCCUUCCUUAUCGUGCAGCUUUACUAUUCUCUUAGUUUUGUGACGCUGCGUUAUUAUCCUAAUUUUCCUCUGUAGCUUUAAAGGAAAUUUAAAGGGACGGUACUGAGAUUUGUAAAGAUGUAAAUCUUUAAU